AUGGAAGCUUCAAUCAGAUUUUCAAUCGAAAGCCAAAAAAAUCCGACAACAAAGAACAAUUACAACUUUACUUAUAAAGAAAGGCAAAAAAGUUUGACAUGCCUGAAGCAGCAAGCAGGUGGAGCGAGAGAAGAACACACUACCAUGGAGGACGGAGAUAUACCGUGGGGUGCAGUACCAAGUAAGACGAGAAACAAUCUACAAAAGAAGAAGAGAGUACUACGGUCAAGGCAACAUUGUGGAGGAGAUGACGGAAACAACGACUACACAUGGAUGGCUUUUGACGCUGAUGAAGGAGAAGAAAUAUGA